CUAAAGCUGUGGGAGUCCCUUCCAGCAAAUUUGUUAUGGGAGUUUUUUGCUGAGUGUUUCAAGGAAAAUGAGUGGCUUUAAAACCUUUUUGAGCGUAAAUUUUGUCUUCCUCGCGGUGCAAUGGAGUCUGGUUUGUUGCGAUAUAACGGAUGGAAACGCCGAACAUCUGAAGAGAGAGCAUUCGUUGAUGAAACCUUAUCAAGGUGUUGGCAGUCAGUGGGACUUUGGGGGAAGCACACUGGUGACCAGCUCAUACGUCCGACUCACUCCAGACGAAAGAAGCAAGGAGGGAUCCAUCUGGAACAUUGUGCCUUGUUACCUGAAGGACUGGGAGAUGCACGUGCAGUUUAAAGUUCACGGGUCGGGGAAGAAAAAUCUCAAUGGCGACGGCAUUGCUAUCUGGUACACAAGGGACAGGCUGCAUCCAGGCCCUGUGUUUGGAAACCAAGAUCACUUUGUUGGCCUGGCUAUAUUUGUGGAUACCUUCCGCAAUGACCUCCAUGAAAUGGAUCGCUCCUUCCCUUACAUUUCUGCCAUGGUGAACAACGGCUCUGUGAGCUACGAUCACGGGAAAGACGGUCGCUCUUCGGAGCUGGGGGGCUGCUCGGUUGACAUCCGAAACAGAAUCCAUGACACGUACCUCGCCAUUCGCUACUCCAGAGGAAGACUGACCGUGAUGGUCGACGUUGAUGACAAGAACGAGUGGAAGGAGUGCAUCGACAUCGGAGGGGUUCGUCUUCCUACCGGAUAUUUUUUCGGUGCGUCUGCAGCAACAGGAGAUCUUUCAGAUAACCAUGACAUCAUCUCAAUGAAGCUUUACCAGCUGAUGGUGGAACACACCCCCGAGGAGGAGAACCUGGACUGGACCAAAAUUGAGCCCAGUGUCAGCCUGCUCAAGUCCCCGAAAGACAACAUCGACGAUCCGACGGGGAACUUCCGUGGCACGCCCCUCACGGGAUGGAAGGUCUUCCUGCUCCUGCUGUGCGCGCUGCUGGGCAUCGUCGUGUGCGCCGUGGUGGGGGCGGUGGUGUUCCAGAAGAGGCAGGAGAGGAACAAGAGGUUCUACUGAGACGGUGGGAGGAACUGUUCUACAGAACAGAGCGAUGUGAACUUUUUCUGCUGACGAUUGUACAAAUGUUUAGAGCUUCUGAAGCGCUGCGUUCCCUGUGGGUUCUGGUGACUUGUGAUGAGAGCGUGUGGGUUGGAGGUGACGUCAUACCGAUUGUGUGUUUUUUUUAUGUUUCGGGGGUUGAAAUAGACAAACCUGGAAGUCGGUUCUUUAACGAGCGUUUGCACCAGCUUGUUGUCUCCUGUCCCGUUUGAGUCUGCAGAUCAUGAUUUUAGAUUCUCAUUCCUGUCGUCACUGAACAAAAAGGGAAUCUGUGCUCGAACCGUGAGAACAGAGAAACGACUCGCCGAUGUUCCGCCGCAGCCAUCGUCCAAACGAAGCUGGUUUUAGUCUCCUGCGAGUCCGUGAGAGGACAGACCU